GGCAGAUGGGAGUUGUGGUGGUUUUCUCCUAUUGAGCUUUAGCUACUUGAACUUGAUAUAGUUUGUAGCCUGUUGUAUCAGAGAGGCGUUCACAUAAUGAAUCACAGACAUAAUAGAAGCGUAAGUUAACAUUAAUGCCCUUGUUUCGAUGUAGCACAAUGGGCACAGCAUGGCUGCAAAAUGUUGCGAAUGGAACGCUGUCUAGUCAAUGAUGACGUCAGUUAUUUCCACAUGAACGCAGAAGUCGGGAAACUGUUUUUGUUUUCUCAUCGUUAAUGCCUAAGUGAAAGGACUGUUUCUGGUAAUUUACCCACGAAUCAGAUGCCAGUGAGGUAUGCCAAUGAACUGGAUGUUAAAUGUUUCUCUUUUGUCUCCCCCCCCUCAGUUUUCUUGGUGAUAAGAUGAUGGAGCGAUGCUUUAGUGUAAGUGGGGAUAGUUUCACUGGCCCUGCCAGUUCCAGUCCCUCCCCUCCUGCCACUGGCCCAGCUCCAGCCACGACUCCCUGUCCCACCCCUCCGCCCAGGCGGGCUAGGGUAAGGUACCAAGCCAUGGUGGAUGUCAGCAAGUGGCCUCUGUUCACCCUCCUCGGGCCCCAGGACAUCUCCUCCAUCCGACAGGCCUGUGUGUUCGGGACCUCAGCCAACGAGGCCAUCUACAUCACCCAUGACGAUGAGGUGUAUGUGUUUGGGAUGAACUGCAGUAACUGCUUGGGCACAGGGGACAGCCUCAGCACCAUUGUACCAAAGAAGUUGGAUUUCCUGCGAGGGAAGAAGGUGGUCAGCUUGAGCUAUGGCAGUGGACCCCAUGUCUUACUUGCAACCGAAGACGGAGACUUAUUUGCCUGGGGGCACAACGGAUACAGUCAGCUGGGUAACGGCACCACAAACCAAGGGGUGUCCCCCAUCCUGGUGUCUGCCAACCUGCCGAACAAGAGGGUGAAGGAGGUGGUGUGUGGCUCGCACCACUCCAUGGCACUUAUGCACGAUGGUGAGGUGUUUGCUUGGGGCUACAAUAACUGUGGCCAGGUGGGCUCUGGGUCCACGGCAAACCAGCCCACCCCACGCAAGGUGUCCGGCUGCCUGCAGGGCAAGGUGGUGACGGGCAUCUCUUGCGGUCAGACCUCCUCCAUGGCUGUGGUAGACAAUGGAGAGGUGUAUGGCUGGGGUUAUAACGGCAACGGACAGCUGGGGGUCGGUAACAAUGGUAACCAGCUGACCCCCUGUCGCCUAGCAGGGCUGCAGAGCCUCUGUGUGCUCCAGAUAGCAUCUGGCUACGCUCACUCUCUGGCACUAACAGACGAGGGCUUGCUGUAUGCCUGGGGGGCUAACACCUAUGGCCAGCUGGGCACAGGGAACAAGAGUAACCAACUGAACCCUGUCCAGAUAAUGGCAGAGAAGGAGAGCAGGAUCAUCGAGAUCGCAGCGUGCCACUCCACACACACGUCGGCCGCCAAGACGCAGAGCGGCCAGGUGUUCAUGUGGGGCCAGUGCCGCGGCCAGUCCAUCGUCCUGCCCCACCUCACACACUUCGGCACCACGGAUGACGUGUUUGCCUGCUUCGCCACCCCCUCUGUUAUGUGGAGGCUGCUGUCCAUGGAGCAUGAUGACUUCCUGACCGUGGCCCAGUCCCUGAGGAAAGAGUUCGACAGCCCCGAAACAGCCGACCUCAAGUUCAGCAUUGACGGCAAAUUCGUCCACGUCCACAAAGCUGUGCUCAAGAUCAGGUGUGAACACUUCCGCUCCAUGUUCCAGUCCCACUGGACGGAGGACAUGCAGGAGGUGAUCGAGAUCGACCAGUUCUCCUACCCCGUCUAUCGCUCCUUCCUCGAGUACCUCUACACCGACCAAGUGGACCUGCCCCCAGAGGACGCCAUAGGCCUGUUGGAUCUGGCCACGUCCUACUGUGAGAAUCGUCUCAAGAGGCUGUGCCAGCACAUCAUCAAGAGGGGCAUCACCGUGGCGAACGCCUUCUCCUUGCUGUCAGCUGCCGUCCGCUACGAUGCUGAGGACCUGGAAGAGUUCUGCUUCAAGUUCUGUGUGAACCACCUGACGGAAGUGACCCAGACGGCUGCCUUCUGGCAGAUCGACGGCAACAUGCUCAAGGAGUUCAUCUGCCGCGCCAGCCGCUGUGGCGCCUUCAAGAACUGACCAGAGGCGCUGCCACCCUGCCCCAGGCUCAGGGUGGUCAACUGGGGCACCAGCUGGCACUGGCAACCCUCUCACAGCAUGGAAACGACCUGAACCUGCACUAUUGUUAUUUGUCAUAUGUCAGUUCCAGCUGAACUGCCUCCUGGGAUGAGUGAGUGAAUGCCACUGCCAGUUAAAUGGCCAAAAAACCUGAUGUUGGAUGACGUUGGUGUCCUGUCUGCACCUGCUCCUCCACACAGACAGGUGGCGUUGUUCUUUGAGGGAAGACUUUACACUGAGUCUAAAUCAUUGCAAGUUUACAACCCUGCGUCAUUGGGAAUAUGCAUACUGUCCUCAUAAGUUGGAUGUCUGGUACAUUUGUGUCCCACAAUGCUUAGUACGCAUCUUGCUUCCACUAUACUGAGAUAACAAGUUUAUGCACUCAUUUGAUUGAUUUCUAUUACUUUAGUACCCAGGUACUAAUACCACUGCUUUAACAGGUCACAUAAAAACAGGGAAGCUGUUAUUUAAUGUGUUAAGUUACAAUGUUUGAAUGCUUGCGAGUUGGUUAAGUUGGUGUGUCAUUGGAUCUUUCUGGAGAAUUAGAAUGCCUUUGACAGUUUGAUCAGAGAAAGUAAGGACAACAUGACACAGACGUAGACUGCAUGUGCGUUUGGGCUGGUGUGCGUCUGCUCUUUUCUCAAAGGGAUGAUGGCAUUCGAUGAUGGACCAUUAACAACUUUAAAACGGUAUUUGUUUUUAAAGAAAGAGUAAGCAUCUUUAUAUAUUAUUGUUACAUUCCUGAGUUUACUGAGAUUUAUUUGGCAUGUUUUUAUUGGUUUCUGUAGUGACCCAAAUAUUUGUUUUCCUUAGUAAUUGUACAAGAGUAAAUCACAUGCUUUGUUACGUUAUAGCAAAUGUAUAGCUGAUGUAGCGUUUUGUUACUUACAUUUUUAGAUGCAAAUAGGAAUUAUUGCUAAACAUGAAAAGAUUAUUAAAAUUGUUCAUGUUUCCUUUGUGCGUCGAUGUGUGAUUGGCCUGUCAGUUCGAGGGGUUGGGCGUAUUGCUAAACAUGAAAAGAUUAUUAAAAUUGUUCAUGUUUCCUUUGUGCGUCGAUGUGUGAUUGGCCUGUCAGUUCGAGGGGUUGGGCGUACCAACUGACAGUCUCCGCCUAUUGACCUACGCCAUAGCAAAAUACUGUAGAAGCCAGGGCUAAAGACGGAACGCAUACAUCAUUCUAGGAUACAUAUGCAGGUCGGCGAAAUUAGUCCUGUGACGAAUUGAAUGGCAAGAGCAAACAACGCGAAUAUAAACGAAGCUUUGCAGCAA